AUGGAUGCAACCGAGAAGCUCGACACGACGGGAUCGGGAUAUGUCACUAAUGGCUUUCCUGCCCCUGGACUCCCCCGAACGAUGCGUCAUAUUACUGGAUUCAACUCGAAAGGCGAAUCCGUAUUUCUCAGUACCGACUCAGGAGACCACCACCGGAUAAUGGGAGAACAACAGGCUGUCGCUAACAUAAUCUAUUCGACGAACGAGACCCCUGUUGAAUGCAAUGGUGAAGUUGAUAUCAAGCAUGCCAAGGAGAACGAGCCGCCGCUUCACUACCCCAAUGGCACUGUGGCUCGCAUGGUCGACUUUGCUCCUGGAGUCAAGUCUCCUAUGCAUCGCGCAGUUUCUCUUGACUAUGGCGUCGUCUUGGAAGGUGUCUUUGAGCUGACGCUUGACUCAGGUGAGACGCGCAUCAUGAGAAGGGGAGACGUCAGUGUGCAAAGGGCUGCGGCUCACCAGUGGCGCAACAUCACCGGCAAUGGCACAAUGCCAGGCCGUAUGCUGUAUAUUCUUCUCGACUGCAAGGACGUCUAUGUUGAGGGGAAGAAGAUGGAAGGAUACCUUGGCUUAUUGGGCCAGUACUACCAAGGCAGUCAGCAUUGA